CUCAGCCCACAAAGUUUCCGGCACAGCUCACUUCUGCUGAGCGCAGGAAGAGCAAAGCAGCGGCGGCAGAACCCUCUUGCAUCAUCCCUUCGUGCCAGCCAGUAGGGGAUAUGUCGGACCCUGAGGAGUGCCAGGAGGGUGCAGGAGGCACAGAUCAAGCAGGAGAUGAAUCCUUCCAGGAGAGCGAGAGGCUGACGGCACAGUGGAGCGUGGAGGAUGAGGAGGAAGCAGCACGAGAGAGGCGGCGGCGGGAGCGCGAGAAACAGCUGAGGUCCCAGGCAGAGGAGGGCUUCAAUGGCACUGGCUCCUGCAUGGAGAGUGCAGGUUCAGCACAGGAAAACCACUAUGAUUUUAAGCCCUCUGGGACCUCAGAACUGGAAGAGGACGAGGGGUUCAGCGACUGGUCCCAAAAGCUGGAGCAGCGCAAGCAGAGAUCUCCACAACAGUCAUAUGAAGAAGAGGACAGCAGUGUGAGGGAAGCAGAGGUCAAACUGGAGCAGAUUCAGCUGGAACGGGAGGGCCUGGAGGAGGUCCAGGAGGAGAAUGUGGUUGUUAGGGAGGAAGAGAGGCUGUGCCAGGAGGAAGAACAUGUCCCAGAGCAGCACGAGGAGGAGGAAGAAAGAGUCAAGCAGGAGGAGAAGAAGAGAAGGAGAAAUGAAGAAGAAGAAACCCCAGAAAAACGCCCGAGGGCCCCAAGCCCCACCGGCCUGGAUGAGGAGGAGCUGUGCACAGACCACACUGCAGUGUGCUCCACCAAGAUCACAGACAGAACUGAGUCUCUGAACCGCUCAAUAAAGAAAAGUAACAGCAUAAAGAAGUCCCAGCCUCCCCUGCCUGUGUCAAAGAUAGAUGACAGACUGGAGCAAUACACGCAAGCCAUUGAGACAUCUACAAAGGCACCAAAGCCUGUCCGACAGCCCUCUCUUGACCUUCCCACCACCAGCAUGAUGGUAGCCAGCACAAAAAGCCUAUGGGAGACCGGAGAGGUUGCUGCCCAAUCUGCAGUGAAGACCCCAGCCUGCAAGGAUAUCGUGGCUGGAGACAUUGUGAAUAUAAGAAGCCUUUGGGAACAGAAAGGUGGUCCCAAACCUGAGACCAAUAUCAAAUCCACUCCUUCUGGCAAGAAGUACAAGUUUGUUGCGAUGGGCCAUGGCCAGUACAAGAAGGUAUUGAUAGAUGAUGCUGCAGAGCAGUAGCAUGCCUGGAGAACCCAUUAACCAGCUCAGCUUGGUCCUGUCUCGAUGCAAUCCUCAAUGCUACGACUUCCUCUGCUCCAUAGAAGAUAAUCAAAGGACAUUUCUCCUGUCUGAUGUCAGUUUGCUCUGGUACAGCCUGACUCCUCUUGGGGUGAGCAUGCCCCGCGCUGCCUCCAGCUGGCUGCGAGGGAUGGAUCAUCUGGCCAAACCAGUCCCACUUUUAACCUUCUACAAGACUCUUUGGCUCUUUUUUCCAUUUUUUUUUUUUUUUUUUUUUUUUUCUUUUUUUUUCUUUUAAUUAAAUCUGGCUCUGCCAUGGAGAUGGGAGGCUGUGGCUCACCUCCCUCUCUUCUUUUUCAAGUGCUGAAAUAGAAGGACCUGCUGUCCUGCCCAGCUGGCAGGGCUUCUGCUGCGUGAUGGAGAGCUUCUGGCUCUGGGUGGUUGGAGAGGGGGGGAACUCAUGAGAGUCCCAGUGGAGGAUUUGGUGUUGGAAAGGAGAGUGAUGGGCAGAUUCUGUGCCACCCUCCUAAUGCCAGCUGUGUGAAGAUGUUGCACUGCAACAUCUGCUUUGAGGGGCCUCCAUCUCCAUGUGCACAUCAAACUGUUUAAUUUAGUCCUGUUUAUUUAGUUCCCGUAUCAUCCUUUAAUCACAACUAAAUAGCCAUGCCAUAAUGUUCCUGUCACUUUUCUGCGUUGACAGUGGCAGCAGCUUUGUUUCAAGAAGCUGCUGCCUUCCCCUCUGCUGCCCAUGGUGGGGGUGAGCACUCCUUCUCUAGGUAAGGAGCUCCUCUUGAAGUUUCUUCUUCCUACCCCCUUCUCACAAAGGCUCUCAACAUAAUUCUGCUUCUGCUUCAAUUUACAAUGUGUUCUGGAUUUAAUUUUUUUGUAAGCAUUGAAUAAAAUUUGAGGAAGAUGUUGUAACAA